UGCGACUGAACUUACAGGCAACAGGAAUUCGACCAUCUGCGGAUGGCGCAUUUGACUUCUGACGCGGUUUCGAUGGGCAGAUUAACUUAAGCUGCCACUGCUUGCCAUUCACGGCUUACACAAUUGAGAGAAUUAAUACAGCGAAGAACUUGAGGAACAAACUCGAAUGCGCAAUCAUGGCGGGGCAGAUCGCGAGACCGAUGAACAUCAAGGAGAUCGCGGCAAAAGCCCAGGACUUCGAAUUCAAUCAGUUUAUAGCGAUGAAAUACUGGCUGCGGACUGCUGAUACUUUGUUAAGAGAGGCGCACAUCUACGAGCAGGAAGAGAACGACCAACAAGCAUACCUGUUAUUGAUGAGAUAUGCUGCUCUGGUGGCAGAGAAACUUCCCCUCCAUCCUUCUGCAAAGGAUCCGGAAUACCGCAAAGGGAUCAAAGACUUGAACAAGACACUGCCAGGAGUUCUUGAUGCUUUGACAGCUCUCAAGCCUCGAAUUACGGCGAGAUACGAUGCCUGGGAACGAGCGCUGGAACGGCGGAGGGAUGCAAGUAUGGCGUUGUCAUACGAAAGGUCACGCGCGGAGUCACAAACAGAAUUUCCAGCGGCCUCAGAUCCGGCUGUGGCAGGAAAUACCACAACCUUAGCGGCUGCAGAGAAUAGUGAACUUGCGGUGAAGUUGGCACAUAAGGAAAUUCGAAGACGAGACGCUGCAAGAAGAGGACCUCGCCAAGUUGGAGUGUCCGAAGAAGAGGAACACGAGAGACGUACAGCUGGAAUAUGGGAUGAUUGGGAAGCCGCUCUUUCGAAAGACAGUUCUACACAAGACGAGGACGAGGUUCGCAGGAAUAUGGAGGCUUCACGGCGGCGAAUGGAUGGAGCACAUGAUAUUGUCCCCGAUGGAGUCAGGAGCAGGAAUACACGGCCUCGACCACUUCCGAUAGUUCCAAGAAGUGGGACUCAAUACAGAUAUCCCUCUAUCAACAGAUCCCAACCAUACAGUUAUGGCGAGACACCUGAGUCACGAAAUAUUUCUCAAGUGCCAGAGUACACUCCUCCGACGCCGCCACCAAAGGAACGCUUCCAAGACCAGAUGGGUGACGUGCCACCACCUCGUCCUGAGAAAGCAGUUCCAGCCCUACCUCCGGCAGAGGCGGCGAGUCCAAAAGCACCUCCCACCUUCACUUUCCGUCCAUCAGCAUAUUUGGAGAAUGGCGAACCUCUUAGAACAGUGUUCCUACCACAAGGCAUCCGUCAGGAAUUCUUGAAAUAUGCAGAACCAAAUACGCGGCGGAACCUGGAGACGUGUGGUAUGCUAUGUGGAACAUUGAUCUCUAAUGCUCUUUUCAUCUCUCAAGUCGUCAUACCUGAUCAAAAGAGCACAAGCGAUACUUGUGAAACAACCGAUGAUGCUGCGUUCUUCGGCUACUGCGAGAAGGAAGACUUAUUGCAACUCGGCUGGAUACACACCCACCCUACUCAGUCCUGCUUCAUGAGUAGUGUGGAUCUUCAUACCCACUGUGCUUAUCAAAUGAUGAUGAAGGAGAGUAUUGCGAUCGUCUGUGCACCCAGCAAGAAUCCCUCAUGGGGUGUCUUCCGAUUGACCGAUCCUCCUGGCAAGCAAGCUGUAGCUAAGUGUCGCAACACUGGUCUCUUUCAUCCACACAGCGAGGAUAACAUUUACACGGAUGCUUUAAAGCCUGGUCACGUGUUUGAGGCUGAUGGCAUGGAGUUCUCGGUCGUGGAUCUGAGGACUUGAUCAGUGCGAGGAAACCUUUGGCAGAGUGUUGAUUUUAAAUGUCGAGGAUAUGAAGAGAUGAAAUUUGCUUUUCAGCACAGCGUUGGCGUCAGGUUACCUAUGGCAAUCUAUAUUUGCUUGCUUCGCACUCGCGAUCAUUGGCUGUGCUUCAUAGAACUAGACAGAUCACAGUGAUCUAUAAUUGAACGUGAA